CUGGUGUACCGGCAUCAUCCUCCUCGGGGGCGCUAUAAGUAGCCGGAGUGGUAGCUGAGCAGUCCACAGGAUUGAAAACCCACUCUUCCGCUUCUCCUCCCAAUCUCGCCGCCCAAGAAAAACACUGAACCUUCGCCUUCCUCUCUCGUCCGAUCGACCUUUGCAUGGCAGCAGUAGCUAGCUCCAAGGGGCGGGUGAUCGCUGGAAGCUUCGUCGCCCGCGUCCUGGCCGGCAAGGCCGCCUCCCCGAGGAGAUUUGUGAGCGCUUCAGCCUACGACAAGAACGUGGAAGAGCAGGUGCGCCCGGCGGUGGUGCCGGACGAUGUGAUCGGCAGCGUCGGGAGCCCUGACAAGUACUGGGGCCCUCACCCGACCACCGGCGUGUUCGGGCCAGCGGCGGUGGACGCCAAGGCGGCGGCGGCCGUUGGCGCGGCGAAGGCCGGCGCGAAUGGUGGCGCCUCCGUGCUCGACCAGAAGGUUUGGUUCCGCCCCCUCGAGGACGUUGAGAAGCCUCCCGUCGCCUGAUCGACAGGCCUAAUACGAGCCUUGGCUCUGUGCCACCUACCAUUCUCUUCAGCUGGGGCUCCUUGAUUAUUAUUACUGUACUAGUAGUGUGGUUCUGCUAAUAUAGUAUCAGCAGAUCGACAUGGCGUGCAUCGGUAGUUACAGUGAGGCGAUGCUGAUGCCUAAAAUAAGAACAAGCAAAAGACGUGUGCUCAUGUUGCUUGUGGCUGUAAUGUACUUCUGUCCUAAUCCGUACUAUAAGUAUUUGGUUACCGGUGAAUCUUUUCUGA